GACAGCGUCGAGGAGUUGGCUCUUCGGGAGUGGAAUGUCUCGCAUAUCUCCAGAAAAUACAAACUCAUGGAUCUCAUGGAGUUCUUCCUCUGCUCCGGCACUCAAGUGUUCAGUGUUGGCGACCUCAACACCAGAAGCGGCGCUAUCGUAGGCCUUCCGCACAACUUUAGCUACAAUACCGUCGAUGACAUCAAGUUGUCUGAGAUCUCCAUAUACGGCGUGAAUGCGGAACAACUGGAACCGGACAGCGAGGCCGCCGAAGCACUCAAACAACUCAUCCAAUCAUUGGUAUUGAGCGAAAACGCCAAGAAGUUUGCCAUCACUCGGGAACUACACCUCUGCAACAACGAUCGCGUGAUCAACGGUAUGCUGACCACCAUUUUUGCCUCAUUUCUUGGCAUAGGGGUCGCCCAACAGAUCAUACUGUCCACAAGGAUUAGACGCCGGCAUUUCCAGAGCUUAGGCCUACGGCUGGUGUUUCUAACCUUCGGUGUAUUCAGCUAUUUGGUGGUCCGAGAGAUGUGUUACUACUCGUGGAUGAGCUCAGCAGACAAGGCGGCCAUAGCUCAGGGGGAGGCCUAUUAUGACGGCGCCGUCGAGUACUAUAAUAAACUGCUUCAGAGGGAACAGGCGUUGAAGCAACUGAGGGCUGGGAAUAAGAUUAGGGAUCAGACAGUAGCUGAACUGGCGUUGAGUUUAAUGGAUAUCAAAGGAGUGCCGCCAAAGAAGUGUUUGGAAAAAGUGUAUGAAUUGAAUCCCAGGGCUGAUGAUGAGGAUGAAGGGGACGCCAUGUCUUCGGAUUAGUUUUAGUCUUGUAUUUAGUUUUUUUUAUUAAAUCAAUUAAAUUAAUAAAUUUAGGUUUAAAUCAAU